AUGCGCAGGCUCUUAUUUGCCUCCGUAUUGCCUCGAUACACUCCUAUCGCAUCUAUUGCGCUUAGCCUGAAGAGGCGACUCGUACACGUGCGCACACUUUCAUCUGCGUCUGGAGAGGGAAUCACUCCGCCUCUCAAAGGUGUCCGGAUUCUUGACCUUACAAGAGUUCUCGCCGGUCCAACAUGUACAAUGUUACUCGCAGAUCUCGGAGCCGACGUCAUCAAAGUCGAAUCUGUUACGGGAGAUGAUACCACACCUUUGUCCGACAGUGCUCCGGCUGAAUCUGCCCACCUCCCGUCUGAAUCUACAUAUUUCUUGGCAAUAAAUAGAAACAAGCGUUCUUUAACUGUAGACUUCAAGACGAAAGAGGGUCUCCAAAUCCUGCACAAACUUGUCAGUCGUUCCGAUAUUCUUGUAGAGAACUUCAUCCCGGGUCGAUUAUCGGCCUUAGGUCUAGGCUGGGAAGACUGCAGCAGUAUAAACCCGAAACUCGUCUAUGCGUCUAUUUCUGGUUAUGGUCAAGAUGGUCCAUACAAAACAUAUCCAGGCUACGAUGUCAUCAUUGAAGCUGAGGCUGGACUAAUGCACAUAACAGGUGAAGCUGGACGCCAGCCGUGCAAAGUCGGUGUCGCUGCUACUGAUAUAGCUACUGGUCUAUAUGCCCAUGGUGCAAUAAUGGCUGCCCUUAUUUCCAAAGAGAAAACAGGAAAAGGCGUCUGGAUAGACUGCAAUUUAUUCGAGUCUCAGAUUGCUGGAUUAGCCAACAUCGCAUCAAACUACCUCAUCGCAGGCCAGGAAGCUUCUCGCCAUGGUACCGCACAUCCAUCUGUAGCUCCCUACGAAGUUUUCGAGUGUAAAGAUGGGUUCAUCAUGUUUGGUGCUGGGAACAAUAAACAGUUCGCUAUCCUGGCGGACAAGAUCCUAGGCAAUCCCGAUAUCGCAAAUGACCCUCGAUUUGCUACGAAUGCUAGCAGAGUGGCGAACAGAGCUGAACUGAAAGAGUUAAUCACGAACGUUCUUGUUACGCAAGACCGGGAUUAUUGGCUUGCGAAAUUUACUGGAACCGGCAUUCCUUUUGGACCGAUUAACAAUAUACAACAAACGUUCGAGCAUCCUCAAGCGAAGGCACGCGGGGUGGUCGUAGACGUCGAACACCCUCGAGCAGGAAACAUUAAACUCGUUGCACCCGCAGUGAGAUACAAUGGUAAGCGAAUGCCAGUUACUCGUCCGCCACCAUGGUUGUCCCAGCACACUUCUGAGAUUCUUGAGGAACUCGGUUAUUCAGAGAAAGAAAUUCAUGACCUCCGUUCCAAACACGUUGUAUAG